AUUACGUUUUUCUUGUGUUAAAUUAUCAGUAAAUCAAAUUUCCAUUAGUUGCAAUGAAUCGAAGACGGAAAAGUAAAACGUCCAUUGCUUCUAGCACGGAAUUUUACUCCUACUCCGAUAAACUUUCUUUAGGGAGAAGUCGAGCCCUUCUGGUGGCCAAACUUAAUCGUCAGGAAAAGCGUAAACAGAGUAAAACGUCCUUCAACUCCACGACGGGAUACUAUUCCUACUCUGAUGGGACUUCUUUGAGAAGGACCCCAAUCACCUUCACAGCCAGUCCGGAGUUCAUGCAAAACGCGAAAGUUAAACUAAAGUUAAUCGCCCUGUAUGAGGAUCACGCGUGCUUGUGGAAUCAAUGUCACAAGGAUUUCUUCAAUUUCGAGCGCAAGGAUCAAAUCUGGGAGGCGAUCGCCAACGAAAUGAAAGCGGACUCGCCACCCGGGUUUUGGAAGCAUAUGAUCCACAGGCUGCGCUAUAAUGUGGAUCUGGAGCGUAUUCAAGAGCAGAGUGCGAAGUUUUCGGGCGAUACUGUGCCACCCAAACUGUACUACUCGGAUAAUCUGGCGUUCUUAAAUCACAUGUUUAACCGAGAAAAAAUAAUUCCAGCUAGAGCGAUUAUCAAGUCUUCCGGAGUUACACUUGAGAAGAAUCCGUCAAGAAACCUGCCAGUACGGGAAAAACCAAAAUCUCGCACCCCCAUCAGCGAAAAGUUAGCCUCCCUUGAGAAGUUAAGAAACCACCAAGCCAGCAAGUUUCUCUUCCGAGAAGCCUUUCAAAAAAGGCAAAAGGCCACCAGUGGAGGGCCCUAUUAUUUAACCAAGGCAAAGAAUAAUUCGUAG